UCAUCACUCCUUUGCAUUGGAGUAGCAGCAAAGCAACUCAGUCAGUCAGUGAGUCUGUUCAGGAGGCAAAACCACGCACAGGUGCUGAAGCACACAGCAGCUGUCUGUUCGAUUGCUUCCUCCCUCCUCACCAGAGCUGGUAGGUGCUGCUUGCUCUGUCUCCGACUUCGAUCCAAUCCAAACUGCAGGAGCCCUCGGAGACUAUUCCCCCCGGGCAUUGCAGCUUGGCUUCUUGGACCCGGAGGAGCCUGGAUAGAUUUGUUGAGUACUUCGCCGAUCCGAAGCGCACGUUUCUUGGCCACCAGCGCCCAGAUCUCUGCAUCUGGUGGCCAUUGGUGGUUCUUGGCUCUGAAUUGGUGCUGCUGCCUGGUGAGGGCUGAGGAGAAAAGUGAAGGAAAAGAGGAAGGGGGGAAGGCGAUUUCAGGUUACUCUUGGCAGUGUCAAGAUGAAGUACAUGAAGCUUGGAUCGAAGCCGGAUGCCUUUCAGACAGAGGGGAACAGUAUCAGGUUUGUUACAACUGAGCUGGCAACGGAUAUUGUUAUCACUGUAGGGGAUGUCAAGUUCUAUCUUCACAAGUUCCCACUUCUGUCCAAGAGCUCCCGCCUGCAAACACUGGUGGCGUCAACAAGCGAGGAGAGCAACGACGAAGUGGACAUCUCCGACAUCCCCGGCGGGCCAGCGGCGUUCGAGAUCUGCGCCAAGUUCUGCUACGGCAUGGUGGUCACCCUCAACGCCUACAACGUGCUGGCCGCGCGGUGCGCGGCGGAGUACCUGGAGAUGUUCGAGACGGUGGACAAGGGGAACCUCAUCUACAAGAUCGACGUGUUCCUGUCGGCGAGCAUCUUCCGGACCUGGAAGGACUCCAUCAUCGUGCUGCAGUCCACCAAGUCACUUCACCAAUGGACAGAGAACCUCAAGGUGGUCAACCACUGCGUCGACGCCAUCGCCACCAGGGCGUCCAUGGACCCGUCGGAGGUCGACUGGUCCUACACCUACAACCGGAGGAAGCUCCCGUCGGAGAACGGCGGUGGCGGCGGCGACGCGCACACCUGGAACGGCGUCAGGAAGCAGCAGGCGGUGCCGAGAGACUGGUGGGUGGAGGAUCUCUGUGACCUGGAGGUGUGCCUGUACAGGAAGGUCAUCUUGGCGAUCAAGGCCAAGGGGAGGACGAGCAGCGACGUUGUCGGCGAGGCGCUGCGAGCCUACGCGUGCCGCCGGCUGCUCGCGUCCCUGGACCAUGCCGUCAGCAACGGGCUCGACUGCACCAAGCACCGCGCAGCUCUUGACGUCGUCGCCGACCUGCUGCCGGCGGAGAAGGGGUCGGUGUCCUGUGGUCUCCUUCUGAAGCUCCUCAGAGCUUCGUGCCUGCUGGAGUCCGGCGAGGCCUACCGCGGCGAGCUGAUCAGGAGGAUCGGCGCGCAGCUGGACAGAGCUUCGGUCUCGGACCUUCUGAUGCCUGCUGAAUCCGGCGACGACGCCAUGUACAAUGUUGACAUGGUGGCUGCGAUUCUGGAGGAGUUCUUGCUGCAGCACAAAAUUGAUGGGAGUGAUCAGGCGAAGAUGCAGGAAGAUGAUGACACCAUGGAUGUAGCUGCUGACGACGUGAUCAGUUCGUCGAAGCUGGCGGCUGUCGCAAAGCUGGUCGAUGGAUAUCUCUUUGAGAUCGCCAAGGACCCGUGCCUUCCUCUGAACAAGUUCAUCGCCCUCGCUGAAUCGAUGCCUCCCAUGUCUCGGCCGGUGCACGACGCGCUCUACCGCGCCAUUGACGUUUACCUCAAGGAGCACCCGGGCAUGUCGAAGGGCGAGAAGAAGCGGCUGUGCGCGCUGAUGGACUGCAGGAAGCUGACGGCGGACGCGAGCGCGCACGCCGUGCAGAACGAGCGGCUGCCCCUGCGCGUGGUGGUGCAGGUGCUCUUCUUCGAGCAGGUCCGGCAGUCGGCGGCGGCGGCGGCCUGCUCUGCCGCUGGCCCCGCGCGCUCGCUCGUCCUGCCCAGGGACGACGGCGCGUCGUACGGCGGAAGCUCGAGGUCGGCGACCACGACGGCGACGGAGGACGAGCAGUGGGGAGGCGGCGCCGCCGUGGGCGGCGCGCCUACGACGUCGGCAUCCGGCGGUGACGCCAGCUCGCUCCGGUCGGUGAGCCAGCUGUCGGCCAACAAGAGCGGCGGGAGGAGUGGCAGCGGCGAUCGGAAGAAGGCCAAGGGCGGUGCGGUGGCGCCGGCGCCGGCGAGGAGGGUGCUGGGAAAGCUGUGGUCCGGCAAGGCGAGCAGCGUGGAGAACAGCGGGUCGGACGACACGUCGGAGAGCCCCGCUGGCUCCCUCAACCUCGAGGAGACCAAGUCAACGCCGUCACGGAUCACGAGGCAUUCUGUGUCAUAGUGGUGACGACUGUAUAUGAUUUCUUUUUUGUUUGUUUUGUUGUUGUGAUGGUUUCUUACAACCUUUGGAUUGGAUUUGCCGUAUAGAAAUGUUUUAGUGUAAGGCCUUGUUUAGUUUCUAAAAAAAUUUGCAAAA